CCCAGCAGCGACGGUAAACUUCCUGUUAGUGAAAUGGCGACGUUGGGCAGAUUCAGUGCGAGUCUGCGGAACUUUUUCAGGAGUUCUUGGACCCUCGGCUAUAAAGUGCGGCUGAUUCCGGCGGUCGGGGGCGCGGUGUUGGGCUUCGUGGCCGCCGGUGCGCUCCGGUAUCGUCAUGAAACGCGCUGGAGAUGUUUACAGACCUCUGUGUUCGCCAAGGAGACCACGGACGAUGACACCCCUGUACCUGCAGUCUCGAUGCGGCGUUUACGCUUCAACCAGUGUGCAUCUGUGGUUUACGAGCAUGAGCUGUAUAUGACGCCCAGAGACUUCCUGUACUCCAUCAUGCUGGAGCAUGUGGAACAUAAACUGCAUAAGAGACACCUGACCAAAGCGGAAGUAACGACGAUGAUGACCACUGCUUCUAAAGCCAAGGCAGGAAGCAGUCUCUUCAGAGGAAUCGGAGACAACGGUCUGAUCUCCUACACCGAGUACCUUUUCCUCCUCACCAUCUUAACCAAGCCACGGACAGGAUUCCACAUCGCUUUCAAAAUGCUCGACAUCGACGGCAACGAGCAGGUGGACAAAAAGGAGUUUGAGAAGCUGAAGAAAAUCAUCGGAAAGAGGAAGGUUGCUAAAGAGGUAACGGAGACGGCAGCCUCGGAGGACACCAGCGACCCCAACACCACGCUGCAGGCCUUCUUCUUCGGCUCUAGGGGACAAAACAAACUGCAAUACGUAGAGUUUCAAAGGUUCAUGGAGGACCUGCAGGCGGAGGUGCAGGAGAUGGAGUUCCUGCAGUUCUCUAAAGGCAUGGACACCAUGAGGAGGGAGGACUUUGCUGACUGGCUGCUGCACUACACCAACGAAGAAGAAAACAUGUUAUACUUGGAGAACCUGAGGAAGAGAAUACCGACCGGCGAGAGCAUCACUUUUGAGGAGUUUAAAGCAUUCUGUAUCUUCACUAACAACCUGGAGGACUUUUCCAUCUCGGUGAAGAUGAUCGCAGAUGCUAACAGACCAAUUGGAAUGGCUCAGUUUAAGAGGGCCGUGAAGAUCGCCACAGGACAGGAGCUCUCCGAGAAUGUUCUGGACACAGUCUUCCAAAUCUUCGACCUAGACGGAGACAACUGUCUCAGCCAUAAGGAGUUCAUUGCUGUGAUGAAGGACCGAAUGCUGCGAGGUCUCAGGGUUCAGUCCCAGCAGGGUGUGUCAGGAUUCUGGAAGUGUGUGAAGAAAGAAACACUAAAAGGAGCUCAGGAGGCUCUCAGUCACAGCAGCAGCCCUUUCUGAAAAGAAACACACCUGUUCCAGGGGCGGGGUUUGUGGAAAUAGGGGUGUGGCUUUUCACCUGGAGACCUGGAACUGAAGUCUGUUAGAUCCUUCCUGGUACCUGGCCACUUUUUCAGCUGACUGUCGUUUUUUUUUAAUCCACGUUAAAUUCUACAAUGAUUUUGUUUCACGAUGCGUAUGUUUUAUAUGUCAUAUUGUGUUUGUGUUUAACCAAUUAUCAAGAAUGAUCUGACUGAAUAUUCAGACCAAUUGACCAGAAUUCUUUUAGUCUAAAAUGUCAUUUCAGCACUUUUCACUUCUUUAUUAAUUAACAUAUCCAGGUUGAGGCUUUAAUUAUUUUUAAUAUGAAACAUUUAUAUGAAAAUGUAAAUAGUUUGAGAUCCUUGUGAACUAUAUUUUAUUAUUCCUCUGUGCCCCAAUAACACCUGAAAUGUCUCCUUUAUUUUGUAAUGUAUACGUUUUUGGACGUAUCAUUUUGGUACAAUAUUCCUAAAGUUCUCCUCCAGUUCUCUUGAGUGCUUUCACACCUAUCGGGCAUUUUGGUUUACUUCCUGUAUUUGGACUGAUUCACAAUCAUAUUGCUUUCUCACUGCAUUGGAACCACACUAGAGUUUGACUUUAACCGGGAUUCAGAUUGCUGGGUUCUCACCUGCAUAAACGAACCACACUAAAGAGGAAUAAACAGUGUGCAUCUGAAAGCAAUCCAAAUGAACAGAUCUAUUAUUUUUUCUUUCUUUCUUUUAAUGACACCAUUUCUAAUCAGGUACAAAUAGAAGGAAAAUCUUGUUUACUCUGUUUUCUUUGUCCUGCUGGUGUUGAAUACAAAAUAAAUAAGAUAUAAUAUA